GUUUCCCAGGGAUUGUUUGGUGAAAGGAAAAAUGUGAACCCGCUGGGCCGUGCCGAAAUGUUGCCCCAACGAUGGUAGUGGUAGUGUAGUGUUCGCUUCGGCCCAUAAGUAUCUAGUACAAUGAAACACGAAAGCCAACGGUGGUGAGUGUUGUGUGUAGUGCUGCGAUCGACCGUAGAAUAGGUACACAGGUGCGCAAGUAACGCAGAGUGAAUAGAAUAGAUACGUGCAUUUGGUGCAAAAGUCACCAGCUGUUGUGCGAGUGCGUGUGUGUGCAUUUCGAUUUGAGGUGAAAAAAAAGGAAAGUGAAGUGCUGAUCUCAUUGAUAGAGGCGAAGAGGUGAUAAUACCUUGGCUUGAGUCGCCCCGAUAGUGCAUUGUGCGGUGUGUCACCAUGUCGACCACCUCGAUUUCCCGCGAGGAGGAGCGAAAGCCGCUGAUGGAGGAGUUCUACCGGCAGCGACGGAUUCUGCUUGGCUGCACAAUCCUUAUCGGUGUGGCAGCCGUCAUCUGGAUCGUGGCCAUUUCCACCGAUCACUGGUUCAUCGUAACAGGUGGCCAAGGAAUCUUCAUACCGGAAACGAGACGAUACUUCAAAACGUCACACUCGGGUCUUUGGAAGAUCUGCCGUUACGGUGUCAUACCCGCGGUGCUGGCACAAUCGAACGCGACCCGCAACUUCACCACGCUGUCGUUCGUGAACGAAAAUCGCAUCGCCACGAUGCGGUCGUCCCUCGCGAAGGAACCGUACAUCAAGGAGUUCCUCAGCUACGACCUGAAGACGGAAAAUCUCACCGAGGUCGACGAUGGCUUCCGGCGGCAUUUGUUCGCGUCCUGGAUCGUUAACGAUGCGGACCGUUUCCACGAGCUGAAGGCGCUGUUCCACGACAUCACCGGGAAGGUGCGGCAGCAGGAUAAUGUGGCCGUGCAGAAGCUGAAGAACCCACCGCUGAUGAUGCUUGAUCCGACCGAUCUGAACUCGGUGCGCGAAACGCUGAAGGAACCGGUGGCCGGUGUGCUGACCACGGUCACCAUCAACUCGACGGACAUUAACGUGCUGAUGCCGAGCACCCUGUCCGAGGCGCUGUUCGACGAUUGGGAGCACCGGCCGGGUGUGAUUUAUUUGCUUUGGAGCUUCGCCAAAGCGAUGAACAUACCGCCGUACAUCGUCAGCCCAAAUGGCACCAAGUACAUCAUCCGGCCACCGUUACCACCGAAGAAAGGGCGCAUUGGGAAUGGCUACGAGUAUACGCCGUUCAAAAAAUGUAAAUUUCACAAUCUUUUCCCUAGCGACGAUGAGAUUCUCCAGGAUCCCGCCAUCGACGACGAACUGCUUGAGAAAGAUGAAGCUUUCUACAAUCCUGAGUUCCAGACGGAAGACUACAGCCGAACCGAAGCAUCGUUUGCGUGCAUUACAGUGUUUGUAAUGGUGAUGGGGUUCAUCUUUUCGAUCUACACGUUCCUGAACCCACGGUACAUGUUCAAACGAUUGGCCGGCGGUAUACAUUUCAUAUCAGCCGCGACAAGUAUUGUCGUCAUACAGGUGUUGGUCGCUUCCGUGGAGUACGAGAAGGAAAACAUAACGUACACCUUCCCGAAAGGUGCCAAAUAUAGCUACGGUUACGGAUUCUACCUCGCUUGGUUCGUAUUUCUCUCCAACAUCUACGCCGGCCUGAUGUUCAUGUGGUACUCGAAGAAAAGGAAAGGCAAUAAGGCAGCGACGGAAGAAUUGGGUAUGGCCGACGAACCCAUCAACAUUGGGCGAUAAGCCGUGGAACGAGCGGUUGCGACCACCGAAAGACAGUGCUGCGAACUGUGGCAGGGAUAGUUGGGCCCCGAAACGUUUCGAUUCUCGAUUGUAGGUGUACGUGUGCGUGUGUGUGUGUGUGUAUGUGUGAGGGACAGCAAUGGCAAACCGGCUAUUAGGAAUCUCUUCCCUCCCCCGAAGGUUAGCCCUUCAAACGAUGAAGCAAGCAUUAAGACAUUGUAUUUCAACUUUUCGUUCUGUUAUACUUUACUGCGAAACAAGCGCCCUUUUCUUUGUAAACAAAACCGUGUCGAUACUGUGUACGUUUUGAUUUUCUGUUACGAUUUAACUGUUACAUUAACUGUUACGAGGAUAAUAAAGAUA